GCUCGGAGGGGGUGGGGGAGGAGGCGGUGCUCGGCGUGACGCUACUCCCGGACGAAGCCGCCGAUUGGGUCCCUGCGGCUUUCGGCGCGUGACGUCUCCACCCGCCAUUGGACGGCGGCGCGGCCAUGGGGGAGCCGCGGCGGUACCGGUUCGGCGAGGGGCCGGAGGCGCUGGCGCUGCGCAUCCCCGAGGUGCUGGACUCGCAGUACGGGCUGUACGUGUGGCCCUGCGCCGUGGUGCUGGCGCAGUACCUCUGGGUGCACCGGCGCAGCCUGCGCGGCAAGCGAGUGCUGGAGAUCGGUGCCGGCGUGAGCCUCCCCGGCGUGCUGGCGGCCAAGUGCGGAGCCCGAGUGACGCUGUCGGACAGCGAGGAGCUGCCGCGGUGCCUGCAGCGCUGUCGGAGCAGCUGCCUGCUGAACCGCCUGCCCCACGUCCCUGUCCUGGGGCUGACCUGGGGGCGCGUGUCACCACAGCUGCUCGCUCUCGCUCCCGUAGAUAUUAUUUUAGGAUCGGAUGUCUUUUUUGACCCAAAAGACUUUGAAGAUAUUUUAACUACAAUUUACUUCUUGCUACAAAAGAAUCCACAUGCUCAAUUCUGGACUACUUACCAAGUCCGAAGUGCCGACUGGUCUAUCGAAGCUUUGCUCUGCAAAUGGAAGCUGAAGCAUACCCACAUUCCCCUACAUUCUUUCAAUGCAGACAAAGAACACUUGGCCAGCUCUUCUCUACCAGGAAGACAUACGAUUGAAAUGAUGAUCAUCUCACUAGCACAAUCAGAUGGUACUUAAGUUUAUUCCACUUAUUGGUUCCAAUACAAGAUGAUACUUAACUGUUCACUGUAGCACAGAUCUGCAGAAAACAGUCCUGUUUACAGCAAACCUCAUGUGUAUUUUUUGGGAAGCAGAUCCCCUUAGCAGUAAUUCUUAAAACAUGCACUGUAAAAAUAAAGCUGUUCAAUUUUUCA